AUGGAGCAGCAAGUGCCACAGCAGCAGCAGCAAUCGUAUCAAUACGAACAACACGUGACCACCACCACUGAACAACAGCACUAUGCCCCACAGCUUCAACAAGAUGUACCACGCGUUGCUGACGACUCCGAGUACUAUGCACGACACAAUGGGGCCAACAGUGUCAACAACAGCGUCGAAGAAGGUGUCAUGGAAGAGUAUUCUGAAAAGCCGCCACCACCUCCACGACGACGUUUUUACAAGCAAAAAAAGUACUGGAUCAUUUGCUCCAUCUUGACAGUCAUCAUUGUGGUCGUCGUGGUGUUGUUGAUCAUUUUCGUUUUCUUCCCGAUGAUUGCACAAUCCAUCAUGAACAAGGCUAGCAUCGGUGUGGAUAGUGCCGGUAUCACAUUCGAGCCACCAAAGGAUGACUUAGCCAAGCGUCAAGACUUCAACAUGAACACGACCUUUUACAUGGACAUGGAAAGCACAUUGCACAACACAGGCCCAUUUUCUGCAGACAUCAAGUUCCACAAUCCCAUCAAUGUGUACUACAACGAAAGCAUUUUGCUGGGCACGGUGACUUUACCUGAUACACAUGUCUCUGGUGGUUCUGGAAAACUUCAAGCUGUGACACCCUUCAUGAUCCAAGACGCUGAUGUUUUUGCUGAAUUCGCCAAAGAAAUGUUGGCCAAGGAAGAAUUCGUUUGGAAGAUGAAAGGCAAGCUUGAUAUUUCCGCAUUGUCAAGAACUGCCACUGUAGAUCUCGAUAAGGACAUUGUCCUAAAAGGCAUGAAUGGUUUCCCUGAAGUCAAGAUCACAUCUUUCAAUUUGCCAGCCGAUGCACCUGAGGGUGGUAUUCAAGUGGAGCUUGGUACACAACUCGUCAGCCCUUCGCCCAUUGGUGUCCAAUUGGGUACCAUUGCUUUACAAAUCGGCUAUGAAGGCGUUGUACUAGGUCAAGUGACCACUGAUGGCGUCAACUUGAAACAAGGCCCCAAUGAUCUUAAUCUCAAGGGUACUAUUGUACCACAAUCGGAUCCUGCCAACCUUGACAAGAUUGGUGCCUUGUUCUCAAACUACGUUUCCGGCAAAAUGUCAACAACAUCAGCAACGGGUGUCUCAUGCGCUCCUGAUGGUACCAAUGCCAUUGGUUGGUUAUCCGAAGGCUUCCAAUCGGUGCGUCUCAAUGUUGGUCUUGGACUUGAUGAGCCCUUGAGCAUUAUCAAGGCCGUCAAUAUGGGUUAUCUCGAUCUUGCUUUCAAUGCUGAUGCGCCCUAUGCACCUGUGACAACCGCACCUGCUGUGGUGGCUGAUUAUUCAAUUCCAUUUGGUUUCUCGCUCAACAUCACCGAAGUCUCACAGGAGCUCAAGCUUGGUACCAAUGAAUCGGGUGACUUUGCAAGCAUUUCAGUGCCAUUUGUACCUGCUCAAAGUGAUCAAGCUGCUGGCAAGUUGCAAUUCGCUAUGAACCAAGUGGCUAUUAGUGCCUUGGAAAACAAGGAGCCUCAAUUCAACGACUUCACUUAUGCAUUGACGGCAUCUGAUCUCUACACAUUCCAAGUGGGUGGCCAAGCUAGCACCAAGACCAGCACGCCUAUUGGCAACAUUACUCUUUCGGGUAUCACCUUUAAAGUGCCAACAUCGUUGCAUGGUUUACAAUUCCUCAACAGCACGCCAACCACUGUGAACUCUGUGGAUGUUGUUGGAGGCACUUCGGACGCUUUACAAUUGGCCAUCAAUGUCACCAUGGAUAACCCAUCCGAUUUUACGAUUUCCACUGGCGAUGUCAACUUUGCUUUCCUUGCAAGUGGUGAGCAACUUGGCAAUGUGCAGCUUUCGAACUUGACGCUUGCACGUGGCUCCAAUAGCAAAUCGGCUGUCUCAACCUUUGAUCCCAAAAAGUCACCUGUGGGUCAAAAUUUAUUGAGUUCAUUUGUGAUGGGCAAGAACAAUGAUGUUUCUAUUUCUGGUUUUGAUGGAUCUACAAACAUUGCAUCCCUUGCUAGUGGUCUUGGUGCUAUCAACAUUGGUACUACGCUCCCAGGCCUUACUUCACAAUUGAUCCAAGGUGGCAAGCUCACGGUGAAUGAAGAUUCGCCAUCCAAUGGCAUUGUUGGUGUCCAGGUAUCGAUUGCCAAUCCAUUUACGGCGGGUCUCACUAUCACUUCGGUCAAGUCCUCUGCUAGCUAUCAUGGCAUGCCUGUGGGUAACAUUGAUCAAGAUGUUAGCAGCAAUCCUAUUGUUAUUGGUGGUCACUCAACUGUACAAUCUGAUCCAUUGCAAAUGUCCAUGAAUAUUGAGCCUGCAGCCGUUGCCUUGUUGCUACGUACUCUUGCUGUGGAUGCCAAUCUUGAUACCAAUGCCUUGGAUGCUCUCUUCUCCAUGGGUGGUUUAUCCGUGAGCGGCCAAAAGGAUAUCGAUCCCAGUGCCAACUUGUUUGACGGCUUCAACAUUUCCACCUAUGUGAUGGAUGCUAUGAAGGCACUCAAGGCUGACUUGCAACUCAAAUCGGGAUUGACCAUUGGCGAGUAUGUCAACUCCUUGGAGUUCUCCCAAAACGCCGUUGCCAUUGAGACCGAUGCCACUGUUACACGCUUGAUUCCCAUUGUUGGUCAGCCUAUUGUGCAACAAAUCGUCGAUGGUGCCAUCCUUGGAUUCGAGACCAUUACCUUGUCAUCGCCCACCGAUUCGAGCUUCAAGGUCCAAAUGAAGGGCAGCAUUACCAAUGCAGGUCCCAUGGCCGCCCAAAUUUCGUUCCCUGAUUCGUUGACCAUUGCAUGGGAAGGCCGUGUUUUGGGUACUGUGGGCAUGCCAACCAUCCAGACCGUUGCCGACAAGGGUGCUCAAUUUGAUGUCGAAGGCCAAUUCACAGUGACCGAUCAAGGUGCUAUGGGUGACUUUGCAGGCUAUAUGAUCAACAAUGCCGACUUCCAAUGGAACAUUUACACUGAUUCAGUUGCUGUCAAUGCACUUGGAUACCAAUUCACGGGCAUCAAGAUGAACAAGUUUGUUACUUUGGAUGGCGCCAAUGGUUUCAAGGAUGCUGUUACUAUUCACUCGUUCGAUUUGCCAUCGAAUGAUCCUGCUGGUGGUAUCACGUUGACGGCCAACACAUCCAUCGUCAAUCCUAGCCAAGUUGGUUUCCAAUUAUCGGGUGCUGGAUUCAAUGCCAUCUACAAGGAUAUCUCUCUUGGUCCAUUGGCUUCCGAUGGUGCAGCAAACUUCCCACCAAAGGGCACAGCUGAUCUCAAGAUGAAGGGUCGUCUUGUCAAGCAAGAUUCCAAGGAAGGCAUUGAUGCGGUGACUGAAGUUUUUAAGAAUUAUUUGGCUGCCAAGGAUACGCCCUUGACCAUCACUGGUGAAUCUGGUUCCGGACCUAAUGGAGAAGUCUCUUGGCUCACUGCUGGAUUCAAGACCAUCAAGAUUGAGAAUGUCAUUAUGCCUGGUCCUGAAUCGCCCCCUGAAUUGAUUCCUGCUAUCACCAUGAAGAACAUGCAGAUCGAUUUCACAAAGGAUCCUUAUGCCACACCUGCUGGAUCAACGCAAGUAGAGGCGCAAUUGAAGAAUCCAUUUGGUUUCCCUCUUGGUGUUAGUCAACUCAAUAUGGAUGUCACCGCUGGUAUGGAAGGCAAUGAUAUCGCUACGCUCAAGAUUCCCGAUGAGAAGGCCACCACCAGCGAAACGGGUCUUGUCACUACUCAAUUCAGCGAUGUGCCCUUCAAGGUGUUCGACAACGCUCACAAGGCAUUUGAUACCUUUGUCAAGAUGAUCACUUCUCAAUCCAACGUCACUUUUGAGUUGGCUGGUUCCAGCAAUGCCAUUGCGGAUACUGCUAUCGGUGCUCUCAGCUUGGACAACAUCACCUUUGACGUUGAUACUUCUUUGGCUGGCUUCAACAACUUUAACGGUAAGACCCAAAUCUUGAGCACAAAGGUCAUUGGUGCUACUUCGGAUUACAUCAAGGUUGGCCUCGAGAUUUCUUUGGACAACCCCUCCCAGAUCACUAUCAACUUGGGUGAUAUCACAUUGGAUGUCAACAUGAAUGAAUUCAACGCACUCGUGGGUCAAACUAUUCUCAAGGAUCUUACAUUGAAGCCUGGCAACAACACUUUGAGCUGUGAGAUGCAUAUGGGUGGAUCGAAUGCACAAGCCUUGUUGCAGCUGUUGAGCAAUUACAUGACCGGUGCUCACGUGCCAUUGACUGUAACAGGCUCUGACAAGUCAACCGAAAUCGCUUCGCUCAAGGAUGCCAUGUCGACCGUAAAGUUGGAUACAAGCAUGACCGGCCAAACUGAAAAGUUGAUCCAAUCCGCCACCGUCAAGGCUAAGGCCAUUGAAGCACUUGCAGGAAAGGCCAAGACUUCCAUUGUGCUCCACAAUCCUCUCGACACCGAAUUCGCUCUUCGAAAGGUGGAAGCUGCUGUAUUCAUGAACCUCAAGGACAAGUAUCAGCAAAUCGGCCAUAUUGAUUAUUCGUUGCCAAGUGCAUUAACGGUGCCUGCUGGUGGUCAAGUGACAACGGAUGAUUGGCCCGUGACUCUCGAUGCAAGCCCACUGGACAUGCUUAGUCUUAUUGGCAAGGAUGGGUUGACCAUUGACUUGACGCAAAAUGCUACUAUCACUGUGGGUGAUGGUUUCAAUGCCGUCUUGUAUUAUUACCAGAACCAAGUGCCAAUGACCCUUGACUUCCAGCUUCUUGGCUUUACCAUUCCAGGUGGUCCAGGUGGCAAUGCUGAUAAUUCAACAUCAUCCCUACCUGCAAGUGAAGCAGCAUCAUCCACCCCUGUUUCUUCUGAAGCACCUUCUAGCAGUGGCGAUAGCAGCAACAAUGCAUCGGGCAGUGAUUCUCAACCUACGCCAACGCCUACCUCCGACAAUGCCGAUGAUGCCGAAUCCUCUUCUUCCUCAAGCGAUGAUUCUUCUGCUGAUGCCACCAAGGAAUCUGAAAAGCCUGAACCAAGCUCUACGGAUGACAAGGCUUCUUCCUCAUCAGAUGCUACCACCACUGAAGAACCUUCUUCUCAAUCAUCCGAUGACAACAGCAGCAGUGACAAGCAUGAUGGCAUUGGAUGGCUCUUCCCCUUCAAGCUGGCUUAA